AUGGCUCAGCUGGGCUGGUUGGUCCAGGCCCGCACCCAGAUGGUAUGGUUGACCGCCACGUUGCCCCGAGUGUGGUGGCCAGACAUGACUGGGGUGGGCCGGGGCCCAUAUCAGUGGAUUAAGAGUGAGGCGGUGGUGGCAUUCAUUCAGGACUGCAUCCGACGGGCCGCUGGGGGGAAGGUCAUCAUAUAUGCGAAUAUCAUUGGGCAGGUGACGGCCAUGGCGUGGGUGCUUGGGUGUGAGGCGUAUUACAGUGAGCACCCCGUGAUCACCACCACCAGCGCGUUAGGCAUGGGGGUGGACAUCCCCAAUAUCUGCAGCAUCAUCCAUAUUAGGACCCCCCGGACGUUACUGGAUUACGCGCAGGAGAGUGGCCGGGCUGGGUGCCGCCGGGUCGUGUUAGAUCAGUAUUUAGACAGAGUGGUGGACGGGUAUCAGCGGCGGUAUUGCCAGGAUGCAGAUCCUGGGGAGCAGAUAUGUGAUGGUGAAGCAGACAGGAAGACAAGCAGUAAGGCAGGCAGCAAGACAGGCAGUGAGGUAGACAGAAUAGGAGGCAGAAUGGGAGGCAGAAGGGCAGGUCAAAUAGCAGGGAGAACAGCAGGCAGUGAGGUAGUGAUCAGGAUAGCAAGCAAGGUAGUAUAG